AUGAUUCCGUAUUUUUUAUUCACUUUUAUAUCAUUUAUUAUACUUAAAUACUCAUUUUCUUCACAUAAUCCUACUUUUUACAUACUUGAUAAAGAUGUUUCACUCAACACGAACACUCUGUUUAAUGAGUUCUGCAUAGAUAAACCUAGGGAGAAUGUUGUUUGCAUAGUUCUGAAGCCAGAUAUCUUAAAUAGUCUUAUUUGUUAUAACAAAAGCUGUUUGAUGUGCGUGAAUAGCCUCCAAAAGAACGCUUGUUAUUAUGGUUUCUUUACUCCUAAAUGUUCAGGCACCAUUUUAUACCCUUUGAUUGGCACUAAAUCCCCUAUUUCAAUCACUAGCUACUCAGAAUACAGUCUAAUUCAACUUGGGAACAAUGGAACUCCUGAUAGCUGCACCGCACUGAUUGAUGAAAUUUGCAGAAUUAACCGUGACUUUGCUCAGAGCUUGGAGUUACUGAUUCCGGGUGGGAAACCAAACGUUUUGUCUCUCAAAUUCAAUUCAACAAGAGGUGUGGAUAAGAAUUACAUUAUUCAGGAAUUUGACCUGCCCAUACCUUCUAGAAAAAAGUUCUUCGACUACAUUCUUACACUCAUCACUGACAAUUUUUAUCCGCAUGUGAAUCAGUAUCUAAAGAACCUUGAGGAUAUGCUCAAGUUCAGAGAAUGUGUUUUAAUGAAUGAACUCGACAGUGUAUUCUACGACACUACACAGUUUCCACUAAUGACCUACAAGAAGUUUGAUUUAUUUUACCUAUAUAUUCCUCUAUUAACUUUGUUUUUAGAAUAA